GAUCUGUUUGCUGGGACUUUAUCAUACAAGAUAUGGCGAAUUUAGCAAUUGCUGCGGCUGCUUUAGCUGCAAGAGACCCGGCCGUGGACCGUUCUUUACGUUCAGUCUUCGUGGGAAACAUCCCAUAUGAGGCCACAGAGGAACAGCUGAAAGACAUCUUCUCAGAGGUUGGACUUGUCGUCAGUUUUAGGUUGGUGUAUGAUAGAGAAACUGGAAAACCAAAAGGGUAUGGCUUCUGUGAGUACCAGGAUCAGGAGACGGCCCUCAGUGCCAUGCGUAACCUAAACGGUAGAGAAUUCAGCGGCAGACCCCUACGUGUUGACAACGCUGCUAGUGAGAAGAAUAAAGAGGAGCUCAAAAGUUUGGGCACCGGUGCUCCAAUUAUUGAGUCUCCUUACGGAGAUGGCUGCACAUCAGAAGAAGCCCCAGAGUCCAUCAGCAGAGCUGUGGCUAGUCUGCCCCCUGAGCAGAUGUUUGAGCUCAUGAAACAGAUGAAGCUUUGUGUGCAAAACAGUCCCCAGGAAGCCAGGAACAUGCUACUGCAGAACCCUCAGCUAGCAUAUGCCUUACUGCAAGCCCAGGUUGUCAUGAGGAUUGUGGACCCUGAAAUUGCCCUGAAAAUGCUCCACCGGCCACCUGUGGUUCCACCCAUAAACCCAAACCCUCAGCCUGGGCAGGUUCCAAUAGCUAAUCAGCCUCAGCCCAACAUCCCUGUAUCUCAGCCUCAACCAAUGCCAGGUAUGCAUGUGAACGGAGCCCCUCAAAUGAUGCAGCCACAACAGAUGGGGGGUGGAGGACCUGGGCCAAUGCCAGGACAGGGGCCAAUGGGUCCAGCUGGUGGGAUGCAGCCUCAGAUAGGGAUUCCCCCAGGAGGCCCUGUGCCCAUGGAUAGAGGACCAGGAAACCUUCAGGACUCCCCUGUAGGAGCAGCUGGUCAGGCUGCUAUCGAGCGGUCUCAAGUGCCAAAUGUAGACCCGCGUGCCCCAAUGCGAGGGGCCCCACCAGGCCCUCCAGGAAUCCCACCCAGAGGCCUCCUUGGUGAUGGCCCGAAUGAUCCGCGAGGUGGAUCAUUGGUCAGUGGAGACGUGGUGGAGCCUGGGCGUGGUUAUAUUGGAGGACCUCCGCAACACCAGGGGCCGCCCAUGCACAUGGCACCUCCAGACAUGCGAGGCCCUCAUGACAUGAGAGGAGGGCCCAUGAUGGGAGAACCUAGAGGGCCCAUGAUGGGAGAACCUAGAGGGCCCAUGAUGGGAGAACCUAGAGGGCCUAUGAUGGAACAGCGUGGCCCACCCAUGGAGCCAAGAGGUCGUGAUCCAAGGGCUGUUGAUGCGCGGGGUCCGAUAUCAGGCCAGAGGGUUCCUGUGGCAGGUGGAAUGCAGGGUCCUCCCCCACAUGGAAUGGCACAAAGUGCACCUCCAGCAGCGAGACCGGGUCCUGCCUCUGAUGUGUCAUCGCAAGACCAUGAGAAGGCUGCCCUGAUUAUGCAGGUCUUGCAGCUGACCCCAGAACAGAUCGCCAUGCUGCCACCAGAACAAAGACAGAGUAUUCUCAUACUGAAGGAGCAGAUACAAAAGACGGCAGGUGCACCUUGAGGAAUGUUUGACAUGAAAAUCCAUCCUUAAAAUGGCUUAUUAUAAGAAUUACUGGCUUUGUGACAAAGUGGAACAUGCUUUUUCUUACGUAACCCAUAAAGACAAUGGAAGUUGGCUGACUGCCAUGGUUUCUCUUAGUUUAAGUGUGAAGAAUCUGACUCUACAACUUCUUUGUACGUUUGCUGGAAUGUACACAUCCAGUUGAAUAACCAUUCACUGACUGCUUAUGCAUUGGUCUGCAGGAUUUCCACACUUGUAACCAUUGUUCUUGUUUUUAUAGUGGUAUUUAUCCUUUUUGAAGUGAAAUCUAUUGUAUGUGAAUAGUAGUGGUUGGCAAUUUACUGCAAACAUAACAAAUAAACAA